UGCCUGUGUGGGAGCGCCCCGUGCCUGCUGUGCCGGUGCUGCCCCAGCGGGAACAACUCCACCAUAACCCGGCUGGUGUACGCCGCCUUCCUGCUGCUUGGCGUGAGCGUCGCCUGCGUCAUGCUCGUACCAGGCAUGGAGGAGCAGCUGAAGAAGAUUCCUGGGUUUUGUGAUGGAGGGAUGGGAACAACUAUUCCUGGUGUGCACGGCCACGUGAACUGCGAUGUGCUGGUGGGCUACAAAGCUGUGUAUCGUGUGUGCUUUGGAAUGGCCAUGUUCUUCCUUCUCUUCUCCUUGUUGAUGAUCAAAGUGAAGAGCAGCAAUGACCCAAGAGCAGCAGUGCACAAUGGAUUCUGGUUCUUUAAAUUUGCAACAGCACUUGCAAUUAGUGUUGGAGCUUUCUUCAUUCCAGAGGGACCAUUUACAACUGUGUGGUUUUAUGUAGGUAUGGCUGGAGCAUUCUGCUUUAUUCUUAUUCAGCUGGUCUUGCUUAUUGACUUUGCCCACUCCUGGAAUGAAUCUUGGGUUGAAAAAAUGGAGGAAGGGAACUCAAGAUGCUGGUAUGCAGCUCUGCUGUCAGCUACAGCUGUCAAUUACCUGCUGUCGCUGGUAGCUAUUGUCUUGUUUUAUGUGUAUUACACUCAUCCAGAAGGUUGUUCUGAGAACAAGACAUUCAUCAGUGUCAAUAUGCUGCUGUGUAUUGGUGCCUCUGUAAUGUCAAUUCUGCCGAAGAUUCAGGAAUCUCAGCCAAGAUCGGGUUUGCUGCAGUCUUCUGUGAUCACAGUUUAUACGAUGUAUUUGACUUGGUCAGCCAUGACUAAUGAACCAGACAGGCGCUGUAACCCCAGCUUGCUGAGCAUCAUCGGUUACAACAGCACCACCGUGCCGGCCCAAGGGCAGGUGGUCCAGUGGUGGGAUGCACAAGGAAUUGUAGGACUGGUUUUGUUUCUGCUGUGUGUUCUCUACUCAAGCAUCCGCACGUCCAACAACAGCCAGGUCAACAAGCUGAUGCUGACCAGCGAUGAGUCGACUCUGAUAGAGGAUGGGAUGCCCAGGAGUGACGGCUCCCUUGAUGAUGGAGAUGAUGUUCACCGAGCCAUAGACAACGAGAGGGAUGGAGUUACUUACAGUUACUCCUUCUUUCAUUUCAUGCUUUUCCUGGCAUCCCUCUAUAUCAUGAUGACUCUUACCAACUGGUACAGUCCGGAUUCCUCCUACGAGACAAUGACGAGCAAGUGGCCAUCUGUCUGGGUGAAGAUCUCUUCCAGCUGGAUCGGCAUCGUGCUGUACGUGUGGACGCUGGUGGCUCCCCUGGUUCUCACAAACCGUGACUUCGACUGA